AUGUUUGACAUCGUUUUUGGAUGGAGAAAAGCUUCUAAGUGUAAGAAAUUAAUCAAGAGAGUUCAAUGUCGACUGAAGCUUCUAAGAAGCAAAAGAUUGGCUAUCAUCCGGCAUUUAAGAGAAGACAUUGCUCAGCUUUGGAAGAGCGGAUAUCAGCACAUUGCCUACAACAGGCUAGACCAAUUAUGCAUAGAUGAGGAUAUGAUGUUAGUGUAUGAGCUAUUGGAACAAUUUUCCGAGUUCAUAAUUCUCAACCUUUCGUACAUUCGUAGACACAAGGACCUUUCUAAGGAUGUGCACGAGGCUGUUUCGACCCUCAUAUUUGCCUCAGUGAGAUGUGGUGAUCUUCCGGAGCUUAGGCUUGUCAGGAAGCUCUUCGAGGAGCGUUAUGGCCGGAAUGUUACAGUUGCUGCAGUGGAACUGCACCCUGGAAAUCUUGUUAACAUUCAGGUAAGGGACAAGCUGACCAUACAAUCAGUUUCAGAAGAUGUAAAGAACAGACUGUUGGAUGAAAUACUCAAAGUUUCCCUCUUCAAACCAGGGCUAUUAGCCCUUGAAUACAAGCCAGAUUCUCAAGUUCAAUCCUCAAAGUCUUACCCUUCUAUUGCAGAGGCUCUGAAAGAAGCAAAAGUGCACAGCUUCGCGCUACUGAGUACUCCUUAUAGUGAGUGUGAAGCUGGUGCUAUUCAAGUAAUUAAAUCAGAUCAGACAGGAAACGCCGCAGGCAGUGGCUGUUCUUCAAUUGAGCAUCAGUACACCGAUCAGGAUUCAGUGAUUUACCUGGACGACAUACAGGAGUUCAAGUCACCUACCAAACAAAGAAACAGCAUGCACUGUUUGGAUCAGGAUCAAAGAUUCUUCGUGUUUAGAUCAUCUUCGUUGUAUGACAAACACAGUGAUCAAUUAGCUAGGAAAAGGAUAAGGUGGGGAUCAGAAUCUACGGAGACUCAGAUUGUAGAAGACGUCGAAUGUGAGAAUUGUUACAGUUAUAAGUCUGAUAACCGGAGGAAGUAUCAGAGAAAAGAGGAAUUCGAGCAAAUGGAGAAAUUUUAUUUACUCGAACAGGGUUGUAAGAAGCUUGAAUCAAGAUGUAGCUUACAUCAACCAUGCUAUUUUUACACCAAUAACAGCAAUAAUGCAAAUUAUCAAGGUAAAGAAGAAAUCCAAGCAAUAGAUUUGCCUCAAACACCCUUGAAGUUAGAUUAUAUGGAUACCCUUUUACCGAGUAAGAGUAGGGCUCUCAAGAGCUAUGUAAGGGCUGCAACGAUGCCUCAGAGUCGUGAAAUAAUGGUGAUAAAGAGUUGUACAGAAAUGUCACGAUCAAAUUCUUUGCCACUACAGAUGAAUUACUCUUCUCGGAAGCAUGUACACCCGAAGUUGCCAGAUUAUGAUGAGAUAGCAGCUAAGUUUAGGGCACUUAAGAAAGCUCAUCAACUAAACAAGAGUACAAGACCCUUGAAAGUGCCUGCACCUUUAAUCCCAUUAAUUUUAUUGCUUACUUUUCUUAGUUUUCAUAUUAGUCUAGUUAGUUAG